AUGGAGGAACAGAUGCUGGUUCUGUCAAUGAUAUUGGUGGUGCUCCUGUCCAUCUCCCAGGCCUAUUGGCUAGAACGCUACAGUGACUUGAGGAUUGAUUGUGGAGCACCCAACCAAACUCCGGCCACAGAUGAUGAUUUUGUUUCAUGGCUUACAGAUGAAAAUUUCGUAAAUGCUGGAAAAAAUCAUCUCCUUAGCUAUAGCCAAAACUUUAGCACAAUGAACUCUCUACGAUAUUUCCCUGAUGACCAGAAGAACUGCUACUUCUUACCCUUUGAUUCAUUGGGGACCAAGUUUCUGUUUCGAGCAGGAUUUUAUUAUGGCAACUAUGAUGGCCUUUCCAAGCCUCCAAGUUUCAAUUUGGGGAUAGAUGGCAAUUUAUGGGUAACAGUGACAACGAAUUCCAUGCCAAAAGAUGAGCCAAUUUACCAUGAAAUGAUUUACUGGACAAAGGGAGAUAGUGCACAAGUGUGUUUGGAGCAAACUGGUGAUGGGAUUCCUUUCAUUUCUUCCCUUGAAGCUACGGAAAUUAUUCUGAACGAUAUGUACCGGUUGAUGGAUAACAAGACAGCUUUGCUUCUUCAUAGCAGGAUCAAUUAUGGGGCAAACAAGAGCAUUGAGUGA